AUGAAGCUAUCAUGCAGCCUCCUUCUCGCCACUCAGGUGCUCUCGAUCCUCGCCCUCCCAACCCCCAACGGGGCCGGGCAGGUUGCCGGGACCGAGACAACAACAGCAGCCGCUGCCGCCUCGACAACUGCCACUGUUGAGACUGGGGCCGGAGCCGGAGCUGGAGCCGGAGCCGGAGCCGGCGAGGGUGCAGGCGCCGGAGAGGGCGCAGGUGCUGGUGAGGGCGAAGGCGAGGGCGAGGCAGAGGAGAACGAGGUUGAGCUGGAGGGUCAGUUUGGCCAGGUCAUUGAGCUGGGUGGCGACAACGUCAAGACUGACACCGUCUUCCCCCCUGGUACCAACGGCGGCUUCGAAGUCGAGUUCCAGAACCAGGAGGGGCGCCAGCUCAGAGUCACCGAGAAUCCGAACCCGGCGGCGGCCCCGGCUGGCUUUGUCGCGCUGGAACCAGUGUCGUACAUUGUUGAGCUAGGCGGUGGCGCGGCCGCCGCUCAGGGUCUGACGCUGCAGAAGAUUGACUACAUCCUCAACGCCGGCAGCACGCUCGAUAUCUCGACCGGCCAGGUCGGCCGCUUCUGCGCCGAGGCCAACUCGUUCGUCUUCGGCGAGGGCGAGCUCGAGUUCGAGGCCGAGGAGAACGAGCUGACGCUGACCGUCGCCAACAUGGUCGGCGAGUGGGCCGUCUUCGUGCCGCAGGCUGCUGCCGACGCCGGUCGUGAUGCCGGUGCUGGGGAGGACGCCGGUGCUGAUGCUGGUGCCGGUGUGGGAGAAGGGGAGGGUGCCAAUGCCGGGGAGGGCGCCGAUGCUGGUGCUGGUGCUGGCGCUGCGGAUCCGUGUGCCCCCGGGACUGCGUGCCGCGCCCUGCUUGACGCGCUGCAGGAGUUGAUCUCGGCGGGCGGAGCUGCUGCCACUGCGCCUGCUGCAAAGGCGUAG